AUGGAAACUCCUAAACGUGGUGUAACAAAUUCAAUCAAUGCAUCAACAACGCCCUUAAACGAAUCGUCAGGUGGUGUAGCAUUUGAAGUUUUACUCCAAGAAUCACCAAGACAAAAUGCCAGUCAAACGUUACGGUUUUUAUCUCCUAGUAUUCGUGCUAAUACAAGCAAUAACAAUAGUUUUUCGAAUGAUAAUCUACCAAAAGAUACAUUAACACCAGAAAGUAUUAGUGAAAAAUUAAAACGUGCUGAAGAACGUCGUUUAUCAUUAGAAAAAUUACGAUCAAACUUAUUAGCAACAGAAAACAGUAAACCAAAUGAAGUAAUCAAAAUAAAAGAUCAACGUCAAGAAGAAUUUAAAAAGAUGACUGAAGAAAAAUUAUUGAAGAAAUUAGAAACAUAUAAAGAAAAUCGCGAAAAUGUUUUGCAAUUAAAAAUUCAAAAUGUGAAAGUUUAUGAAGAACAACAUUUUCAACAAUAUCAAAAAAAUUUGGAUAAAUUAGAAGAAGAACGAAAAUUAUUACAAGAAAAAAUUAAUCAAAAAUUAGAAGUAGCAGAAAAUAAUCGUCAAGAACAAUUAGAAAAAUUAUUAGAAAAAUUAGCUGAACAUGACAAAAAAAUUGAUAAAGCACGAGAAAUGAUUAAGCACAUGUCAGAUAAUAGUAAAAAUGAAGCUAUUAAUGCUAUUGUUACUGUUAGCGAUGCAGAUGAUGAUAUGAUAACAAAAUAA